AUGAAUAUCUGGGUUGCUGCUAGCGAUGGGCUCACUGAAACCGUGGAAAAGCUACUACAACAACAGCCAGGCCUGACUGCCAACAGUAAGGAUCCAAAUGGCUAUACGGCGGUCCAUGGCGCAGCCUCGUACGGACAUGUGGACCUGUUGCGCUUACUAGUCAACAAAUAUCACGGUGAUAUCAACGUCAGGGAUAACGACGGUGAUACCCCACUGCACCAUACAGAGGACGUUGCUACUGCAAAAGUAAUCAUCGAAGAAUUGAACGCAGAUUUCCAGGCAACCAACAAUGAGGGUAAAACUCCCUUGGAUGUGUUCGAGGAAGAUCAAGAAUCUAUAGAACUGAUCCAGUAUAUGAAGGAGAAGUGCGGACUGCCCUUGAAUCAAGAUAGUUUGGGCAUUGAUGCGGAACAACUCGCUCAAUUCAAAGACAAUCUGCGGUAUACUUUAGAACAUGAGUCCGUCGAUGAUCAGGAUCCAGCAAAUAUCAAAAGAAGAGAGAAGCUGGAGCAAAUCCUUCAAAGUGAUAAUGUGGAACAAGAAUUGGAAAAUUACAUCAGGGAUUUAGUCAGAAACCAGAUAUUUGGAGCUGAACACGAUGACUCAGCAAAGAAAAGAAGGUAA